AUGCCAACACCAUCGAUACCAGCCUCUCGCAUCCGUGAUGGCCUCCAGGUCGUUCAUCAAUCAAUACACCAUCUGGCCAACACUUAUCGCACCUGGCUCACCCUUGCACCUGCCUACAGCUAUGCUCCUGCGCUCAUCCUCUCCUCCCCCUCUUCCAGCAACCAACACAUGCACGAACCAUUGGCGUCAUCAUCCUCAUCCUCAUCAUCAUCCUCAACAGUGGCAAUGGAACAUCAGCCAAACGCAGAGACCCUAGCCCGAGCUUACUGCCCAAUAGCCGGCCCUAGAUGGGACGAGCACCGCGAACGCAUCAUCGCUUCCACAUCACUCAAAGGUCUCACCCUUGUUCGUAGUCAGGUCGAAGCUGAACUCGCAGCUCUGCAGCGGAUAGCAGCUGAAAAGGGAAGCUGGCAGCAACCUCAUCCCUACUCGAACGGCACACAUCACAUCCGAUUCUGGCAAGAGUUGCUGUAUCUCGCUUUCGCUUUCGGUCCAGUCUUGUCGAUACAGGAUCGUUUUACGUUCAGCAUGUCAGCUGCAUUGCGUCGGAGGAACAAGAUGCGCAAGCUGCGAGGAGAGAAUGUCAACAGUCGAAGCGUCAAAGUCGAUAUCGUUUCCCAAAAUGGUCAUCGAUGGACACGUCUCUACAUCAUCAAACCCGAGAGCUUGCGUCAGGAAUUCAGAGAGGCAGAAAGCUACAUGGUCGACGAGCAAGACGAUUCUAGUGAUUGCGCAGGCUCCCAUGAUGAAGCGCAACUUACUCAUAGCCAGAACCAUCUUGCAGCAGCAGGCGAAUCCUUCCACGAACAUCAACACACGCCCCAGUGUUUGAAUCGCGUCAACAGGCAAAACGGCACAUCAUCCACAGAACAGUCAAGCUUGAAUGCAAACCGCCUAGGGUCUGUCGAUUCGAUCGCCUUCGAUGUUGCCGCUCGCAAGAGCUCUCUCGUCAAGCUCAUUCACGAACUUGGCGCUGCGGCAGAGACCGAAGCGAAAGCACGUGUACAAACAUCUCAAGAGCACGGCAGGCAGCUUGCCUUCAUGCCCAUUCAUGUCGAGAUUGUCGUGACGCGCAUGCAGCUUCAAUCGCCUUCUGAGCCGCUUCCCUCUGUCCAAGAGCUUGGAAGGCAAACAGCACUCUCGCACUUUUAUCAGAUGUCAGAGUGGGACCGCUUCAACCACCGACUUGCAGCCAUCGCACAGGAAGCGCAAAGGCACAACGUCGACAUGAUCUUUGGCUAUCGCACCCUACCUGACAGCCUACUGGACAACAUUCAGCCUCCCAGCCUUGGCUUGUUCGACGAUGCAGCCAACGCAAAGCCCAUGGGCCUUCCAAACAUCCCAGCAGCGCCAACCAGGCCACAAUGGCGCACAACGAAAGAGAUCAAUCUGGAUGUCACAGCCAUGAUCGCGCUUGUCAGCGACACCACGCAUAGCAAGUUCCGAGAAAGCAGCGCGCAGACCCCAGCUGUCGACGAGUCAAAGAGGCAUCCCAAGAUCCAAGAUGGCGAGCACGGAUCGGGCGCUCUAUACCAACAUCACUUUCGUACCUUUUCCAUUCGCAAAGAGGCCUUGGAAGCCAGAGCGGCCGAGCUCUCCUUGCAAGAUGAUCAGCAGGAUCAGGCAUCAAGGGCAUUGGACAAUGCAGCAGCCAAGGAGGGUCGUGCGUUGGCGAUGCAGUUAGAGCGAGAGAUGACAAUUGAAACGCUAUUCGAUGCAAUCCUUGGUCCCAUUUGGGGUGGUGAAAGUGGCCAAGGAUCCCUCAAACCAGCCGAUGGCACACCUGUCCAACUCUUUGCUACCGUCGGCGCAUUCGACCGCCUCCGUCGCGUCAGCUCCACUGUCGGCGGAUCCAACGAGAAACGCAGAGUCAGAGCGCUGCUCGGUGAGCAAGGUGUCGAUCCGCAAGACUUCUGGACAAACUCCAAAUGGAACACGCCAGAGCAUGCAGAACUGCGCAGAUGCCUUCUACUACCCAUCAAGCCACUCCAAGACUUGGGCCCGGGAGGCUUUGAAUCGCUCACCCGCCUCAAAGAGGUCUAUCCGGAUCUACCGCGAGCUCACUUCAUCUCGCACAUGGUCGACAUGCUCGAAAGCUGUCUCAGCCAGCUGUGGGGUCCUGACUGGUGUGACAUCUCCGAGGAUUUGCCGAGAAGCAAGUACAAGAAGCUUCGUCAAGGUACGGUGCAUCAAGCCGGUGGUCAGACCUACACUACGUUGCGGUCCAUGCAUGCUUGUGCAAGGUACGGCAUGACGACCUUGACGAGCAACAUGGAUAGCAUACAGUGGUUGCUCAAGGAGAUGAGCCGUCGGCCGUACUCGGAGCAAACAAAAAAAAUCCUCCAAGAUGCUAGUGAGGAGGAGCUGGAGCGCUUGAGGUUGCAGAGAGAUCCAUUCUACUCUUGCUUUAUAGUGUUGCAUCCGAGAUCGCUGAGCGAGCAGAUGAGGGUGACGACCAAGGCGCCGGCGUGGAGCGAGGUGUUGGAGGGCUAUCCUGGUCGACUUGUGCCUCCUGUGUCUUCCAAAGAGGCGAAUGGGCAUGCAACAUCAAACGCACAUUUAGCGGCGACAGUGCCAGCAAAGCAUUCAGGGGAGAUUCAGGCCUACACAAUCGAUGACGGAGUCACUAAUGACGCCGACGACCAUAUCACAUCAUCGCAAGGCCGCAUCUUGUACUCGGUCGAUCCGAUCGCCGCAGCAAGGCAGCAACAGCAGCAGGACAAAAUCGAGACGCAUGACAGUAGCAUCAUGCCUGGCUCCUCUUCUCGUAGCGACAGCGUUGGAGAAAGAACAGCCGCGGACUCGAUGAUGAAAAAGUCCAGUCAGACGCCUUUGACGCCGCUCGGCUUGCAGUUGCAAGUCGAGCCCAUCUACUAUGCUCACAACGACAAACAAGCAGCGACAGCAACAACGGCUCCCCAGCCACGCAGAGGCGGUCCUAGCCGAGCACGACGAAUGCUACUAGGACCCAAACCGCCAGCUCAACUCAGCAUACGACACUACCGUUGGUGGUCCUUGGCACGCUUAGAGCGAGCUUGGAUACGGUUGACAGAUCCUUUCGCUUGGAAGGAGCCGCAAGACCGCAACGGACUGUACAACAAUGAUCACCGCCACUCUGAUUCUCACCACAACCUCGACGACCGACACUACGAGGACGACGUGCAGCCUGGCCUAGCAUGGUGGAAAGGCAUCACAGCCGACUUUAAGCUCAACAAGCUGCAUUGGCUGGUGCUUUCCUUGGUCUAUAUUGGAUGGGUUCUUGGCUUUGCAUAUCUUGCUAAAUCGCUUUGGUACGAAUCUGCGGUUGUCGGUAUCGAUGGAGCCUCUCGAUCGCCCGCUUUCUUGUCAUGCACGUCGACCUACUGGCUUCGAAACGGUGGAUGUGGGUUAGAUGGUCAAGAUUGCACACCCUUCUACACUCCCCCUGGCGAAGCGGGACAAGCGUUCCGAUGUCCGGCCAACUGCAUCGAUGUGACACUUCUCAACCCUCGUGCGGUCGGAGAUCAGCUUGUCAACUACCAGCCGCUAGUCGUGGGAGGUGGUGAUGCAAACCACACCUAUCGUGGCGACUCUUUCAUCUGCGCUGCUGCCAUUCACGCCGGAGUGAUCAAAAAUUCAAAAGGCGGAUGCGGAUCAGUGAGGCUUAUUGGGUCUUACGCUGGAUUCCAAGGCAGCGACGCCAACGGGAUCGACUCGAUCAGCUUCGAUUCCACUUUCCCGAUCGGCUACCAAUUCGAACAGACUCAAGGCGAAGGUCAGUGUACCGACCGACGAUGGGAAGGCUACCUACUAAACGCGAUUCUUUCUGCCGUCGUAGGCUUCGUUCUGCGUCCCAAGCGAAUCGUUUGGUUCUGGACACUAGCUUGUGUCGGAUAUUGGCAUAUCAACCUUGUCUCGUAUCAGAGGGAUUAUCCUCCACCGAUCGGAGCAGCUUUUGGGGAUUUCUUACCUUUCCUGUUCACCUGCUAUGCGAUUUGGAGGUUGGCGUUUCGAUUCGUUUGGCCUGCAUUCACGCACUUGCCCGUAGAAAGCACCUUUUGGACACUUGGAUUUUGGUGGUUAGGUGUCCUACUAAAUCUUGUAUUCGGCAAGGUCCCGAUCCAGAGGUUAGUGGGGAACGAUAUUAGGCAGCAACCUGGUGGAAUCGUCGCAGUCAUCGUCGUUGCUGUCAUCGUGCUACUGGUAGCGAUCAACCAGAUUAGGGUGAUGUGGAAGACUGGAUUGCUCCCAAAGUAUAUCUCGCUUUAUGUGGUGGCAGGGGUAUUGGUGGGUCUAGCAGCAGCUGUUCCGGGCGAGACGUUGAGGUUGCACCACUAUAUAAUCGCGUUGGUGUUGUUACCUGCUUGUGCGUUCCCGACGCGGUUGGGGUUGGUGUAUGUUGCGUUUUUACUGGGCAUGUUCACUAAUGGAAUAGCUAGGUGGGGUUUUGAUGGCUUACUUGAAGAUAAUGCUGUAGUGCAAGGCGAUGCGACGGGUGGGACUGCUAGACCGACUUUUAAUACCACUUCGACCACCUUUGCCGCCGCUGAUGGCGUGGUUUCGUGGAACCCGAUCCCGGCAGAGCAAGUGACAGAGUGGGACGGAUACGAAUUGCUAGUGGACGAUGUUUUGCGGUAUUCGGGUAAGGCUACCACCUACAACAUUACGAGUUUGUUGCAUCUCUUGGAGCAGGAGAGGGUGGAUAACGAUCAAAAGGUGGGGGAAGGUGUUAGUAACGGCACGAUUGUGCAUGUUGCGCAUUAUUUGAGGAUUGCUUUUAGUUCGCAGGGUAGUGCAGGGGAUUUUACUCGGGCUGCAAAGGCGGUUUUGAGGAAUGCGAGUUGGGUGGAUGCUCCUCCUGGGGCGACAUAA